AAAACUAUAUCACAUUAUCACAUUAAUUUGAUCUGAUAAAAUCGCAAAUGAUACUACUACAUAAUAUUAUUAGUAUUGUUUUAAAAACCAGGGAAAACAUGUAAAAUGGACAAAAACAAAUCAACACAAAAUCAUGUUCCCAAGUUUUCAGUCAACAACAGCUUCCCUGCUAAUCUUCUCCAACAAAACAACAACAAAUACAUAAAACCAGGUACUCGUCAUUAGUCUGUUUUACUGAAAAAGGGUGAAAGAGAAAAAAAUAGAAAAGCAAAAUAGAAGUCCAUUGGAAAGGUGAGUUCUUGGUUUUGUUCCCAAGAAACAGGCAACAUUACUCCUCCAUGAAUACCCCUUGUGGUCCUUUUAUUUUUUGUUCUAUUUAAAGGUUGCAUUUUUAUUGGUGGGGUUCUCUUUUCUUGGAAAAUUGAGGGGUUUGUUGAGUUUUAUUGGUGAUUUUUUUUAGGGUUUAUGUAAAAAAAUCAAGAAAAGGGUGUUCUAUGAUGAGUUGAGUUUGAGGUUUCUUGAUCAGUAGUUCGUAGAAUUGUUUUGUUUCUUGUCAAAAAUUGGUUAUGGAAGAUUUGAAUCAGAAGGGGGAUGUGGUAUUAGAUUCUGAGUUUCAGAAUCAGGGGAAUUUUGAUGGUCAGCAAGUAGUGGUACCUUUUUUGGAAAAUGUAGUAGCUAAUGAUGUUAGUGUGGUAAGCUCUAAGAAAAGGGGAAGGGCAAAGGUUUUGAAGAUAAGGGGAAGACCAAAGGGUUCUAAGAAUGUCAGGAGAAGUGAAGAAAAGGUGGGAAAUUCAGAUACAGUUAGCAUGGUGGAUUGCAGUGGAGAAGGCGUUGUUAAGAAGAAGAAGAUGCAAUUAGGCAGGCCGAAGGGUUCUAAGAGUAACAGGAGUGGUGAAGAAAAUGUGGGAAUUUCAGGUACAGAGAGUGUGAUGGAUGGCAGUGGAGAAGGGGUUCUUAUGAAGAAGAAGAGACUAGUCAGGCCAAAGGGUUCCAAAAAUAACAUAAGUGGUGAAGAAAAUGUGGGAGUUUCAGGUACAGUUAGCAUGAUGGAUGACAGUGGAGAAGGGGAUCUCGUGAAGAAGAAGAAGCGACUAGGCAGGCCGAAGGAUUCCAAGAAUAACAAGAAGAGAAAGGUUGAAGAAAAUGGGGAAUUUCCAUGUGUAGUUGUUGGCUUAGUCCAUGGAAGUAGUGAAAUGCUUGUGAAGAAGAAGAAGGUUGGAGGAAGGCCCAAGGGUUCUAAGAACAAAAAGAAAAAUAUAGAACAAAUCGGGGAGUAUCAAGAAAGGAGAACCAAGAAGGAGCGCACGGAAAGGAAGAAGGAUUGUGGAGAAGAAGGGAGUAUCAAGAAGCGAGCUAUAGGAAGGCCAAAAGGUUCAACGAAUGAGGAAAAAACUGUUACUGGUAAUGAAAUGGUGGUAGUGUUACCAAUAGAUGAUACUUGUGUUGGAAAGAUAAAUGCAGAUGUUAUUGUUGAAAAGGAAAUGUCUAAAACCGACACUGUUGCAGUUGGUGAUUUCGGAAUAAGCGCAAAUCAAGUUUUUGGACACAAUGAGAUAGUCAAGAAGAAAAUUGGUCGGCCCAAAGGCUCCAAGAAUAAGAAGAAAGUCUUGAUAGGUCCUCUGACUGUUCCUUGUCGCAAUGGAGUUGGAAGCAAGGAUAUUGAUAGCAAUGAAGGGGGUUACACAAAACAUUUAGUCAAGCGAGGCCUGCCCAAGGGCUCAAAGACUAAGAAGGAAACCACAUUAGGCUAUUUGAGUAAUGCUAAUGCUACUGGUGGACAUGAAGUAGAUCUUAUAUGCCAGGGCGAGAAUGAGAAAAGAAUCACAUUAGAUGGUCAAACUGGAGUAAUUCUGAAUGAGGAAGAAGGGAUGAUAGUCAAGAAGAAGGUCGGACGUGGCAGAUCGAGAGGUUCAAAAACCAAGGGAAAAGUUAUACCAGGCCAUUCAAGUGAUACUAAUAAGAAUAAUGGAGAUGAAUACAUGGAUGCAGUCAGGAAGGAAGAUGAUGAAAAGAGAAAAUUUGUAGCCGGAGAAGGUGGGGGCAAUGAAAUAGCUAUCAGUGAUGGAGAGAGGAUAUUCAAGAAGAGGCGUGGUCGGCCCAAAGGCUCAAAAAAUAAGAAGAGAACUACUGGUGGUAAUUUCAUUGAUGCUAAUCUCAAUAAUAGAGGACAAGAUGGGGGUACUAUGAGAAUAAAUGAGGCUGAAAAGGGAAUGGUUUUAAUUGAAGAUAAUAAGGGAGACCCGAAUGAAGUUGCUUUGGUUUCUGCAGUUAGAGUAGUCAGGAGGAAGGGUGUCCUUGGCCGGCCAAAAGGUUCAAAGAAUAAAAAGAAAACUGUUAUAAGCAGCUCGAGUGAUGUUUAUUCUGGUCAUGGAGUUGGAGCGAUGAAUAUCAGUAACGAACAUGAGAAUAAAAUGGCCAGCCUGGCAAUGGAUCACAUGGUGGGGAUUCCAAGCGAAGAUACUAUUGCUAAGAAGGAUAGCUGCAGCCUGCCCCAAAAUGAGAAUAAGAUUGUUGCAUUUGAUGAGAAUCAGCAUGCAUUUGUCGAUGCUGCUGAAGAUGGCACCAGCAAGACGGUUAAGAAGAAGAAAUGCCGAGAAGGGAUGAAAAUUUCAGAGAAUAGGAAACAAGCAGCAGUUAGGAUUGAUCAGGACGUCAAAGCUAAUACUGAUAGCUUCAAUCCUUGUGAGAAUGGGGUUACUAAGCUGAAGGGUAGGCGAGCGAGACCCAAGGGCUUGAAAAACAAAAAGGAUGUAGUAUCUGAUGCUGUAGAAAUUCAGAGAAUGACAGGCGAAAUUGCUGCCGAUACUAAUGGGGUAAAUUUGAGCAUAAAGCGAAAGAAUGGAUGUGGACGGCCUAAAGGUUCAAAAAAUAAGAAAGCAAAGAUUAAUAGUGAAGAAAAUAACAGAACUCUAGGAGCACUUAUAGUGCAUGAUGACGGAGGAGGUAGUCAAGCUGAGCAGAAAGUGAAAUACUGUAGCAUGGUUCCUGUUGCCACUGAAAAUGGGGGAAUAUCAGGUGAACAUGUUUUGUUGGAUGCUUUGGGAGGUUAUGGCAGUGAGAGGAGAGCUAGCAGAGGGAGACCAAAAGGUUCAAAGAACAAGAAAAAGACAGUCCCUUUCAAUAUGGGAUUUCCUUGUCAAGUUAGUUAUCAGAAUGCUGUUAGCAGGAUGGUUAAGCGCGGAGGGAGGCCAAAGAGUUUAAAUGAUGAGAAGAGAAUUGCUAUUGUCUCUGAAUCCACAGGAGAGCAGGAACUUGGUGCUAAUGCAGAAACAAAUGGACUGACAACACAAGGAGUAUUGGACGCUAUCAGUUGGAAGGAUCAGCGGAACUUUUUGUGUCAUCAGUGCAAAAAUUAUAAAGCUUCUAUUGUCAUCUGUUCAAGAUGCAAAAGAAAACGCUAUUGCAACGAUUGCAUUUCGAAGUGGUAUCCAGAUAGAACAAGCGACGAAGUAGGGGACACCUGUCCUUUCUGUUGUGGGAAUUGCAAUUGCGGAGCUUGCCUUCAAACAGAUGUCUUCUUAAAGGACUGCUGCAAAGAAACUGAUGAAAAUAUGAGAUUGGAGGGUUCACUUUAUUUGCUAUUCAACAUUCUGCCCCUCCUCAGGCAUAUUCAGAAGGAGCAGAGGUUUGAGCUAGAUGUUGAAGCAAACAUUCGUGGUGUUCAGCUGACAGAAGAAGACAUUACCAAAUCAGUCAUUGAUGAUGAUGAUCGAAUGUAUUGUGAUAAUUGCAAUACAUCCAUUGUCAAUUUCCAUAGAAGCUGCCCAAAUCCUGAUUGCUCGUAUGAGAUCUGUGUCAAUUGUUGUCGGGAACUCAGAGAUGGUGCUCCACUCGGAGCUACUGAAGCCAGUUCAUCUCUCAGCAAGUCGGCGGAAGCUACUCCCAUCGCAGCUUUGAAGGAAAACAAUCCUUCAGAUGGCUGGAGAAGUCCAGAGACCCUCCUUGCUAAUGGCUGUCCAACUCACAUGCCCUUUGAUGUUGCUGAGUGGAGAGCCAAACCUGAUGGCAGUAUACCUUGUCCUCCUAAAGAGCGCGGUGGUUGUGGCUCUUCUUUAAUGGCUCUAAGGCGCAUCUUCAACGCUAAUUGGGUAGACCAACUAAUUCAAAGUGCUGAGGCCCUAACAUGCGACUACCACCUUGCAGAUAUAGAUUUAUCACAUGGGUGUUCAUUUUGUCUUGCUACCACUUCCGUACAAAACGGUGAUAACCACUGUCAAGUAAGACAAGCAUCUUUUAGGAACAACAGCCACGAUAAUUUUCUCUACUGUCCUGAUGCUGUUCACAUUGACGGUAACGAGUUUGAGCAUUUUCAAAUGCAUUGGAGGACUGGUGAACCUGUAAUAGUUAGAAAUGCACAAGCUCAGGCCACUGGUCUUAGCUGGGAGCCCAUGGUAAUGUGGAGGGCCUUCAGAAAAGCAAGUAAAAAGCUGAAAGAGGAGCCUUUCUGUGUUAAGUCCAUUGAUUGCUUGGAUUGGUGUCAGGUUGAGAUAAAUAUUCAUCAGUUCUUCAAGGGCUACUUGGAGGGUCGCAGGCAUCACAAUGGGUGGCCAGAAAUUUUGAAACUGAAGGAUUGGCCUCCGGCUAAUUCUUUUGAAGAAUGUUUGCCAAGGCAUGGAGCUGACUUUUUUGCUAUGCUUCCCUUCAGCGAAUACACUCAUCCUAGACAGGGUCUUCUAAAUUUGGCCACUAAGCUUCCUGAUACUGCCCUGAAGCCAGACUUGGGACCGAAAACUUAUAUUGCUUAUGGAUAUCAAGAAGAGCUUGGGAGAGGUGAUUCUGUCUCAAAGCUGCACUGUGAUAUCUCUGAUGCGGUCAACAUCUUGACUCAUACGACCAAAGUAAAUGUUGAUCACAAGCAACAUGAAAUCAUUGAGAAAUUAAGGAAGCAACAAGAAGUUGAAGAUUCAAAGGAACUUUGUCCAGGCAUAGCUGAGGCACCAGAUUCUCAAAGAUUUGACAGAACUGAAACUAUUGAUUUUUAUUCUGAGGAAAGCACUGUCAAUAACAGAAGUUGCUUGAUAGAAACUAUGGACAAGGGGAAAGAUAUUAAUAAAGGAGAAAAUAUAAUUUCUGAUAUGGAUUACGUUGAUACUUCUGGCAGAACUUCUCCACCUAAUGAGAUAAACCCAAGUAGCAACGCCUUGGCGAUAGUAGAAGCGAAUGUAGCUCUCGAAACCAAGCAAGAUUGUGCAGAAGUUGAAUGUGGGGGUGCAGUAUGGGACAUCUUUCGCAGACAAGAUGUACCCAAGUUAAUAGAAUACUUGCAGAGGCAUUGGAGAGAAUUUCGCCAUUUUAACAAUUCUCCCGUGGCUUCAGUUAUUCACCCUAUCCAUGACCAGACGUUCUAUUUGAAUGAGAAGCACAAAAGACAGCUCAAGGAGGAGUUCAACGUUGAGCCCUGGACGUUUGAACAGUACCUUGGUGAAGCUGUUUUUAUUCCUGCAGGGUGCCCACAUCAAGUGAGAAAUAGACAGUCAUGUAUCAAGGUUGCUGUUGACUUUGUAUCCCCGGAAAAUGUUCAAGAGUGUAUUCGUUUGACGGAGGAGUUUCGCUUGCUCCCCAAAACCCACCGAUCUAAGCAAGAUAUAUUGGAGGUGAAGAAGUUAGGGCUUUAUGCUGCCAGUUCUGCUAUUAAUGAAGCCACAAACCUGUUGGUAAAACUUAAUGCUCCUCUAUCUUGUGAUGAAUCGCAACUGCGAGAACAUGCUGCCGAAACUGGGAACUCUAUUGCAGAAGGCCUGGAUUUAGGACCCAUCAGCUGUAGUAACCAAGAAUAAAGGCUGCAGCCCGCUGUUAAAUAUGAGGAUUUUGAAGUUCUAUAGAGAAUAUUUUUUUGAUUCUAAUCUCUGAUAGCAUUGUGAGGCAUUUCUGUUUUUGUCUUACUUUUUUUCGUCUCUGUAGAAUAAUCCCUUGAGGCGUUCAUUUACAAGUCUUUUUGGCUCAUUGAAGCUUGUAACGAACUCAUUUUCACAGGAAAUGCAAGAGUAGAAAGAACAUCUCAUUGAUGUUCAAUCCAAGUGCAAUA